AUGCCAGUGAAUACAAGUAAAGAACUUUUAGACUUUGAAGAUUGUCAAGAAACUAUUAUUGAAAAAAAGAUUGUUGGUCUUUUAAAAAAAAAGACGGGAAACAAAUCCUCGAAUAAAAAACCAACACCUGGAAAAUUGGAAACAUUUCCUUUGAAGCCACCUAGUGACUUGUAUUCAAGGAUUACCGAAUUCUUAUCAGAAGACGAAGAAAGACAAAUUUCCGACGUUAAGCAUAUUGAAGAGAAUGAUCAAAAACUAUUAGUGAAAAAAGAAUCAGGAAAAUUGAAAACUUUUCCUUUGAAACCUCCUACUGAUUUAUAUUCAAGGGUUAAUGAAUUCUUACCACGAAUCGCAUCAACAAACAAACAACUCGUGAAAAAAGACCCAACUAGUAUUAAUAUAGAACAUAUCGAAGAUGGCACGGAAUACGUUAUUGAAUGGGAUCUAGGAGUUGGAGUGUUUGAAUACCAAAAAGAACCUUCCGAAGAUGACAUUAUAAUCGGUUCCAGUUCUAAGCCAAAAGGAAUAACCUUUAAACCA